CGGACGACGACGGCAAGUCCCAAGCGCUCGACAACGGCAGAUCCCUUCGCACAAAAUUCGAUCUGAGCCAACGGCAGAUCCCUAGCGCUGGACGACAAUGGAGAUGGACGCAAGCACGCAGCACAGAGAUGUCAGAAGCAAGUCAUGUGUCUCAAUUUUUGUCUCAGGCGAAUGGGAAUGGGGCGGAAUCUGAUGGGCCAAUUUCGACUCUGGACGGCUUAGUGUGACAACAUCGAAGGAAGCAGGAAAUUGGAUGGAAAGAGGAGUGGGCAGGACUUUUUAGAUGCAUCGGUUUGGCAAUCUGCAAAAGCUUGCAAAAUUUUGCCUUACAAUUUGGAGAAUCUGUAAAAUGUUCUAAUGCUAGAUGGUAGAAACCUUUUAAGCUUCAUGUUGGUUUUUUCAUACACUUCUCACAAGUAUGCCAGUACUCAUUAUUUGGUCUUCUUUUAUAUAUCAUGUGUACAAGAUGAACUUCUUUGCCGAUUUGUUUUCCCAGAGAGGCCCGAAGCUCUAAUGAAAUUCUUAGACACAUUCAGCCCACGUUGGAAAAUAAGUUUGUUCCAUUACCGCUCACAGGGAGAAACAUGCACAGAAAAGAAUGAAUGCUCUUCGUAAGCUAUAAUUGACGUACACUCCAGCAUUCUUUUCCCAUGAUACGUUCCAGAGGAAUGACAAAAUCUCAUCUUCUUCCAUCUUACAAAGGGGCAUGCAGUUUCAGAAUCUUCAAUGGAUACAAACAACUUUGGUGGUUGGACUUUUGUGUUGGGAACAAUCUUGCCGACAAUGCUGAUUGGCUGCAGUAUAUAUGUUUGUGUCAUCAAUUCCUAUUCAGGCUUGGGAGUGGAUUGGCAUUGUUGCAUCAGCACGAAAGUGAAUAUGACUAAAGGAGCUAUGAAUCCUCUUGAUGUUAUACGUAGUAAAUCAGGGAUGACUUUUCUCUACAAACUGGAAGGAAUGUGGUACAUGGUAGUAGUAGCCUUGAGAAUGGGGAGCAUGAAUUCGGUAUGCCUUUAUACUCAGUUUUGCUUUUAUGUUUAUGAUGGAAAUUUUUUGACACUAACUAGCUGGAUGAAUCCCAAUUUUGGUAGAAAUUUUAUGAAUUUGAUUUGAUGUUAAUGUGAGGAAGAUAAUCAUGUAAAUAUAUGAUUACAAUUGAU